AUGGGGCAACACCGAGGUCGUUCACAUUCUCAGGAAAAUCAAGUAAGGGAUUCGCUCUCCCCAGAAGAGGGGCAACCCCGAAAUGCUGCCAUGGACGCCAUGAGCCGCGCUCUGCGAAAAGCAGCUCGAUCCCCGUUUUCGAGCGAAAUUGAGAGAGCCGAAAUGCCGGACAGGUUUGCCUGCCCACCGUUCAACUGCUAUGACGGGAAGACUGAUUCGGUAGAACACGUCAGCCAUUAUAUUCAGAUGAUGUCUUUGCAUACUCAUAACGAUGCGCUCAUGUGCAAGGCAUUUCCCUCGAGUUUGGGACCGACUGCAUUGAGAUGGUUUAAUGGGUUACAGAAAGGAUCCAUACGAAAUUUCUCCGAGCUGAUUCAAGAGUUCGGAGUCUGGUUUGUGCCGUGCAGCCGAGUACCUCAGCCAGUUGAUGCGCUCUUGUCAAUGAAAAUGAGGGCGGGAGAGACCCUCCGUAGUUACGCCAGCCAGUAUUGGGAGCUAUACAACGAGAUCGGCGGGGAUAACGAAAGGGUGGCGGCAAGCACAUUUAGAAUGGGGUUGCUCGAGGAUUCAGGGCUACGAGAGUCAUUGACCAAAAAGCCGCCCGAAGGCAUGCGGCAGCUUAUGAGACGCAUCGAGGAAUACAAAUGA